AUGGUGGAUCAUAUCACUCCGGCCCCAAAGUCUGGCAGCCCCCCUCCUUACAACCCUGCUGCUCCUACAGCACCUGUGGUUCUUCCUCCUCCUCCCCCUCGACCUGUCGUUCCGGUAACCUCAGCACCUGUUCCAGUUCCCGCUCCCGCUCCGGCUACUGUUCCAGCUCCGGCUACUGUUCCUGCUCCUGUUCCGGCUGCCGCUCCUGUUCCGGCUCCCGCUACAGCAGCUACACCCUCGGCAGCUCCCACCGGUCCUGUUCCGGCCCCUUAUCCUGGUUCGAGCCGCACCUUCACCAUCGACGGAAAAGUUUCAAAGUACGACUGGAUCCUGGCACGUGUCCGGAAUGGUGCUACGAAGAAGGAGGCACUCGCUGCAGAGGGGAUAUCUGAGUCAUUUUUCGGCAGGAAGCGCUGCAUAGCAGAGGCAGCGAGGAUUGACCUACCUUCUCUCCGACAUGGAUUCCUCCAGCUGAUUAAUCCCACACUGAAAAACCUUCUACCAGUGGCCAGGGACAUCUGUAACCGGAACCGUUCUGCGCUUCGCACACUCCACGCUUCAGGAGAAGCACUCCCUCCCAAGAAGAUAUACUGA